AUGGCUCCAUUUGAGGCUCAGUAUGGGAAGAAGUGUAGUACUCCGUUAUACUGGGAUGAAGUAGGUGAGCGGCAUAUCCUUGGGCCAAAAUUAAUCCAAGCAACCUGUGAGAAGGUGGAUUUGAUCCGUGAGCGAAUCAAGGCUACCCAGUCUAGACAGAAGGGCUAUGUAGAUCAAAGGCAGAGGGACCUAGAAUUCCUUAUUGGUGACAAAGUAUUUCUCAAGGUGUCGCCUACUAAGGGCAUGAUGCGGUUCUACAAGAAGGGUAAGCUAAGCCCGAGAUAUAUUGGACCCUAUGAGAUUCUUGUGAAGAUUGGACCGGUGGCAUAUCGGCUAGCGCUUCCACCAUCUUUGGAUGGCGUGCACGAUGUCUUCCAUGUGUCUAUGCUGUGGAAGUAUGUGCACGACCCCAGUCAUGUUCUAUCUCAGGAACCACCAGAGCUAGCAGCAGAUAUGUCUUAUAAGGAACAGCCUGAGAAGAUCUUAGACAGCAAGGUGGUGAAUCUCCAUAAUAGACCAAUUCAUUAUGUGAAGGUAAAGUGGUGCAACCGCAAAGAAGAAGAAGCCUCCUGGGAAGCCGAGGUCAAAAUGCGAGCAGAGUACCCUUCCCUUGGAUUCCUAUAA